AUGACUACAAAUCGUUCAUUAAAUUCACAUUAUCAAAUUGGUCGUCGUUUAGGUUCGGGCAAUUUUGGUGAAAUACAUUUAGGUCGUAAUAAUGAAACACAUGAAUAUGUUGCAAUUAAAUUAGAACAAAUUUUAACACGUACACCACAAUUAGCAUAUGAAUAUCGAUUUUAUAAAAUAUUAGGAAAAUGUGAUGGUAUACCAUAUGUACAAUUUUAUGGACAAACUGGUUCACAUAAUGCACUUGUUAUGGAAUUAUUAGGACCAUCAUUAGAAGAUUUAUUUGAUUUAUGUUCAAGACGUUUUUCAUUAAAAACUGUUUUAAUGAUUGGAUUACAAUUAUUAGAUAGAAUUGAAUAUGUUCAUUCAAAAAAUUUAAUUUAUCGAGAUAUUAAACCAGAAAAUUUUUUAAUUGGACGUGGAAGUACAAAUCGUCAACAUAUUAUACAUAUGGUUGAUUUUGGUUUAGCAAAACAAUAUCGAACAUCGGAUGGUUCACAUAUACCAUAUCGUGAACAUAAAAGUUUGACAGGUACAGCUCGAUAUAUGUCGAUUAAUACACAUCUUGGUCGAGAACAAAGUCGUCGAGACGAUUUAGAAGCUUUAGGUUAUAUGUUUAUGUAUUUUUUACGAGGAAGUCUACCGUGGCAAGGUUUAAAAGCCGAUACAUUAAAAGAACGUUAUCAAAAAAUUGGUGAAACAAAACGUUUUACAACUAAUGAAAUUUUAUGUGAAGGUUAUACAAAUCAAUUUCUUAUUUAUAUGCGAACUGUACGUCAAAUGGAAUUUUCUCAAACACCUGAUUAUAAUAGUUUACGUGCAUUGUUUCAUAAUGCACUUGAUGAAAAUAAUCUUAUAAAUGAUAGUGAUUUUGAUUGGAUAAAACUUUUGCAAGAACAUCGUUUAAAUCGUAAUAAAACAAAACAAACAAAUCCAACUGGUAUAACAUCGACUAAUAAUACAACUAAAAAAAUCGUUCCUACAACCAAUGGUAUAUCAUCAUCAUCAUCAACAACAGUUCAAAAUAAUCAUGAGUUACAUAAUCGUACUGUAGCUUUACGUAGUAUAUAUCAACAUCAACAAUUACCUAUAAAUUCAACAAAUGCUACAACUGUAACAUUAAAUGGUGGUUCAAAAACAACAGUUUCAAAUGCAAGUACAACAAAAACUCCUGUUAUUUUACCAUCAUUACGUACAACAAUUGAAAAUUCUCGACCUAUACCAGCUAAACGACAGAGUUUAGUACCUGUACGACCAAUAUCAAGUUCUUCAACACAUGUAAAUAAUUGUAAUAAAGAACAAUAUUCAUCUUGUAUUGGUCAAUCAUCAGAAGCAACAUGUUGUUUUUUUACACGUAAAGCAAAACAUGCUUUACAAAUAACAUCAACAACAUCUAAAAAAUCUUAG